UUGCGCGUACCCCUGGGGGUUCAUGAAUACCUGUCCUAGAACAUAGUCUUGCAGAAGCAACAUUUAUUAUGACAGCUGUGUAUUAGCCCUUAUGCUGUGUUGUGUUCUUGCAUCUCGUGGGCAUUCAGACAUUCCACAAUUCUGAAUUAUUCUUGCCAUUAUGGCUGCGUUUACACAGGUAGCCCAAUUCUGAUAUUUUCCCACUAAUUGUUUUUUUAAUCAAUCAGAUCAGCUCUUUUGCUAAUAAUUGGGCAAAAUAUCUGAAUUGGGCUGCUUGUGUAAAUGAAGCCGAAGUAGGUAACCACAUCAGCAUGACUGCAUUGAGCAGUUGUCAAUGGCAGGCUGUGUUUGAUCACCCAUAUAUGUGGUCACAGUCUUUUCCCAUGCAGGCUGGGAGCUGUGUGCUUUGAUUGAUUCUGCUUUCUACUUGUUGUCCUGCCUCCCCUUCCAUCACUCUGCAGUCUCCUAAUGUUCCAGCCACUGACAUGGAAGUAACAGCUUUCCAGCCUCUGGUGCUCUAUAAGAGGUUUGGGGUGCUCCUCUUCAUAAUAUCCUGCUAUUACAUGGUAGCAAAGACCUGAAGACGAGGGUGUGUAAGAUGGCAGUGUGGAUCCAGGCCCAGCAGCUCCAGGGGGAUGCGCUGCACCAGAUGCAGUCUCUCUAUGGACAGCACUUCCCCAUCGAGGUGCGCCAUUACCUGUCCCAGUGGCUCGAGGGCCAACUCUGGGAUGUGAUCGAUCUGGAGAACCCCCAGGAGGAGUUUAAGGCCAAGCGUCUGCUAGACAGCCUGAUCCAGGAGCUGCAGAACAAGGCUGAGCAUCAGGUGGGAGAGGACGGCUUCCUGCUCAAGAUCAAACUGGGACACUACGCCAGCCAGCUCAAGAGCACGUAUGACCGCUGCCCUCUGGAGCUGGUGAGAUGCAUCAAACACAUCCUGUACACGGAGCAGAGGCUAGUCCGAGAGGCCUCUAAUUCGAGCUCCCCAGUGGGCGGGAUGAUGGACAGCAUGUCCCAGAAGUACCAGCAGAUCAACCAGGCAUUCGAGGAGCUGCGCCUGCUGACCCAAGACACAGAGAACGACCUGAGAAAGCUCCAGCACAACCAGGAGUACUUCAUCAUCCAGUACCAGGAGAGCCUCCGCAUCCAGGCCCAGUUGACCAGCCUGGCCACACUGCCCCCUGCUGACAGACAGCUGAGGGAGCCCACAUUACUGAGCAAAAGAGCCACCGUGGAGGCCUGGCUCACCCGGGAGGCCAACACAUUACAGAAAUACAGACUGGACCUGGCAGAGAAGCACCAGAAGAGCCUGCAGCUGCUGAGGAAGCAGCAGACCAUCAUCCUGGAUGACGAGCUGAUCCACUGGAAGAGACGGCAACAGCUGGCCGGCAACGGGGGUCCUCCGGAGGGGGGGCUGGACAUCCUGCAGUCCUGGUGUGAGAAGUUGGCAGAGACCAUCUGGCAGAACAGGCAGCAGAUCAGGAGAGCAGAACACCUGAGACAACAGCUUCCCAUCCCCGGCCCCAUCGAGGAGCUACUAAACGACCUCAACAGCACCAUCACAGACAUCAUCUCAGCACUGGUCACCAGCACCUUUAUCAUAGAGAAGCAGCCUCCCCAGGUGCUGAAGACCCAGACCAAGUUUGCCGCCACAGUGCGCCUCCUAGUGGGCGGAAAGCUCAAUGUGCACAUGAACCCCCCGCAGGUCAAGGCCACCAUCAUCAGUGAACAGCAGGCGAAGGCCUUGCUCAAGAACGAGAACACCAGGAAUGACAGCAGUGGAGAGAUCCUUAACAACAACUGUGUGAUGGAGUACCACCAGGCCACAGGAACACUCAGCGCAAACUUCAGGAACAUGUCUUUGAAGAGGAUCAAGCGCUCGGACCGGCGAGGGGCGGAGUCUGUGACAGAGGAGAAGUUUACCAUUCUGUUUGAGUCUCAGUUCAGCGUCGGGGGUAAUGAGCUGGUCUUUCAGGUUAAGACGUUAUCACUUCCUGUGGUGGUGAUCGUCCACGGUAGCCAAGACAAUAACGCCACAGCGACAGUACUGUGGGACAACGCUUUUGCCGAACCCGGUCGGGUGCCCUUCAUAGUGCCUGACAAGGUGCUGUGGCCCCAGCUGUGUGAGGCCCUCAACAUGAAGUAUAAGGCGGAGGUGCAGAGUAACCGUGGCCUCUCAGAGGAGAACCUGGUCUUCCUGGCCCAGAAAGCCUUCAGUAGCUCCAGCAUCAACCCUGAUGACUACCGCGGCAUGACCAUGACCUGGUCCCAGUUCAACAGGGAGAGUCUGCCUGGCAGGAAUUUCACGUUCUGGCAGUGGUUUGAUGGGGUCAUGGAACUGACAAAAAAACAUCUCAAACCACACUGGAAUGAUGGGGCGAUCCUGGGAUUUGUGAACAAGCAGCAGGCCCAGGACAUGUUGAUGUCCAAACCCAACGGGACCUUCCUGCUCCGCUUCAGCGACUCUGAGAUCGGAGGGAUCACUAUCGCCUGGGUGGCUGAGAACCCCAACAAACCAGGGGAGAGGAUGGUGUGGAACCUCAUGCCCUACACAACAAAAGACUUCUCCAUCCGCUCUCUGGCUGACCGCAUCAGUGACCUCAACCACCUCCUGUUCCUCUACCCAGACAGACCCAAGGAUGAGGUCUUCUCCAAAUACUACACGCCACCCCUGUCCAAAGCAGUGGAUGGAUACGUGAAACCGCAGAUCAAACAAGUGGUACCAGAGUUCACCACAACCAAUCCUGACCCAGCAGCAAACCCCACCUACAUGGAUCACGGAGCCUCCCCUGUUGUCAGUCACCCUCCAAACUACGGCAUAUACCAGCCUAUGAGUGACUCCAUGUUAGAUGCGGACGGUGACUUUGACCUGGAUGACACCAUGGACGUGGCGCGACACGUUGAGGAGCUGCUGCGGCGACCGAUGGAGAGCCAAUGGAGCGGCCAGCAGUCGUGACCCUCAAUCUCUGACCCCUGACACCAACAAAAGAACCCCGCACCUUUUGACAUUUCUGAUGGUUUAAUUCCAUUCAUUUCCUGCGGUUUUAUUUCAGAUCGCUAUAAUGUGAAAUGUUAAUAAUGGUUGUGAUUGUUUUUUUGUUUUUUCUUCUCAGCAUGCAAACUGCAUGUCAGUUACUUGUUUCAGUUUGUCUCAGUGCGUGUCUGUAAAACAGACUAGGUAUAAAUGCAAAUAACUACAAUGUUACAGUAUUGUAUAAAAAAAUUCAAUUCACGCAUGUAUUUUAAUUUGGUCAUAAUUCUAACAAAGAUAUUUGAAGAGCACUCUCUACAACCGGUAUGAAGUCAUUUAAACAGUUGUACUGUUUUUAUUUUGGUUUAGUUAUUUUAUUCUUGUAAAUGGUUUAUCAACAGAGUUUUUUUUUAUUGAAUCCGCCCUCUGCCAAAGAAGAGAAAAACUUAAAUGAAUAAUUUGUUGUUGUUAUUGACAAUAUCAUUGGAUUUGUUGCUAAGGGAAGUUUCAAUCAGUAGUAUAAUAAUUCUGAAUCUUUACACACUAAAUUCCAAGCAGAAUGGCUCUCAUCUCAUUCUCAGAGCACACUGAGUAUCUAUGUCACACACACGCACACACACACACACUCACAAACACACACACACACUGUUGCAUAAUAUACAUCAGCUCCAGCUGAAACUUGGGGACUUUGGGCCCCGUCUACACUCACAGAGAUAUUUUAAUUUCCUGUAUUUGCACACAGGUGUAAUGUAAAUACAAGCAUGUAUCCAGCAUGGCCACUCAGGUCUCUGGACAGCCCAUAGAGAUAGAUAGAGGACUCAUCAUUAAUAUAACCCGUUUUUAACAUGGCCAUUGCCAUUGAGGUCUUCCACCAUUUUAAAGUUGUCAACUGGGUGGGUAUUCCUAUGAGUUGGGAGCAAUCAGCCAAUGAAGAAGAAUAACAUGUACUACUUUAGUACCUCAACGGUGCUGCCCAUGCUGUCACACGGACGCUUUAAUGGCACAGAUACAAAGAUCAGUCCUCUAUCUAUCUCCCCUCCUUACCCCUGUAGAUUAUGCAUGUGCCAUCAACGCUACCUCUCAUUACCACUCUGUCUGUCUGCCUGGUGUUUUAAACAACUCAUUUGGUCAUGUCUUGUUAUUGGUUGUGACGUCUAGUGUUGACAAUCUAUUUGGGGAGCUGUUGGGAUGUGUGUAGAGGAGCUGAGGUCACUGGGGUGUGUGUGGAGGAGCUGAGGUCACUGGGGUGUGUGUGGAAGAGCUGAGGUCACUGGGGUGUGUGUGGAGGAGCUGAGGACACUGGGGGGUGUGUAGAGGAGCUGAGGUCACUGGGGUGUGUGUAGAGGUCGGGUUUAGUUGAGUGAUCUGUAGGAAAGUUCAUUACUAGGACUGAUGGUAAGAGCCUCUAUACUGGGUCCUUAUUGGCUUAGUCUUGUUCAUCUGCUGAAGUACACUAACUACUCGAUCCAUAGCCUGAGAUGACUAGUGGAGAUCCAAUUCUACUCAUUUUACCAUGGGGCAGAGAUGCAUGUUUUGAAGUUUUAAAGCUAAUUCCCUGCAAUGCUACCAGUUUUGCCAUGGGGUGGAUAUACAUUUUUGCAGUUUUAAAGCAAAUGUCCUGUAAUUCUACACAUUUUGCCAUUACUUAUGUCAUGUUACUGAUAUCUGAGUGAGUGUGACUAGCUAGACUAACUUGCCAAUGUAAGCUGUUAGCUGACAUGGCUAAUUAAGUGACUGUCACUGACAAAACAGGAGAAAAACUGCUGAUGCACAACCACAUUUCGAACCUUCACCUUCUAACUUUCAACAGUAAAUUUAGACCCCAACUGAGUUCCCCCAAAAAACGACCCGGGCCCUAUGCGACCGCUUAUAUCGCUUAAGCCUGGAGCCAGCCCUGAUGGUACUCCUGUCCGUCUGUCUGUUUUUUCUCACUCUCUGUCUAUCUCUGUCCGUAAGCCUGUCUCCUGUUUGCUGUUAUUACUGAACACUGUUACUAAGUCUGCAUGUGCAUGUCUGUCUCUGUGUGACAUAACAUAAAACAUCAACUGACAACCUGAGGUACAGAUAUAUAGCUAUAUGUGCAGACAAUAUGAGGCGCUUGAACACUUGACUCAUCAGUCCUGAGCAUGAAGGCCGUUGCUACCAUAAAGUUUGGGAUAUUUUGGCACGGUCUCACUCCCUGUCUUUCAGCCAAGAUGUUGUUGUGGGGUCUGUCUCCAUAUGGUCCCAGCAGGAUUAGUCUGCCAUGGUACACCUAAGCUACCGCAGUUUAACAAAGCAUGUAACGAUAGAUCCACCUGUUGCCGUGGCUACUCUGUUCAACCCCCCCCCCCCCCCGCACAUACACACACGUCUGAACCAUUGGGCAAUAGCACCACACAACCGCGACAGUCAUAUUACACACACACACACACACACACACACACACACACACACACACACGACCCAUCCCCUCUACUCAUAAGCUCUGCCCACUCAGGAAUGAAGCCCUAUGCUUAGUUGAUGUAUCAUAAAAUGAAAAAAAGACAAAUAGAGUCUCUGUCUAUUAGUGGAGGCUGGUGGGAGGAGCUGUAGGAGGAUGGGCUCAGUGUAAUGGCUGGAAUGGAAUAAAUGCAACAGAGUCAAACAUGUGGUUUCCAUAUGUUCGAUGUGUUUGAUGCAGUUCCAUUGAUUCCAUUCCAGCCAUUACAAUGAGCCUGUCCUCCUAUAGCUCCUCCCACCAGCCUCCUCUGCUAUCUAUAUACAGCAUAUAUGAAUUUAUUUUCUGUAUCGUAAUUCUAUUUUAUUACAGUAAACUGUCUGUGGCACGCCCCUCUGAAUGUAAUCCCCUUGCAUGACCUGAGGAGGGUGUACGUAUAACAUGGCAGCCACUGCAAACUCUUAGGUUGCAUCAGAAGUAUCUGAAAAGAGCCAUAUUGCAAACAGGAAUCAGAAGAAUGUUGCUUUUGCGUUUGUCCUGCUGACAUUAUUUAGUCUUUUCCCGUCUUUGUUUCUUUAAUUUUUCCGGGUCAAAACAGCUAGUUUUUCUUCUUUGUAUUUCUUGAUUUUACUGAUGUUUUUUGAAGAGUCAAAGCUACAUGGGAAUUCUUGUGACGUUUCCUUUUUUUAAACAUUAUUCUGAUCAUUUCAAACACCUUAUGUACCCGGGAAGCUGUAUAUGUUCUGUUCAGUGUUAGUUCCACGUUUGUGGUUUGGUUUUAGCACUUUGGAUGUGUUCCAAGAAAAACUGCAAUUGAAAAAAAAAAAGUUUUAUAAAUAAUUUCAACCGUAACAUGUAUAAUGAAAAAUAAGUUGUGACUGAAUAAAUGUAAUGGUUUAUUUGUUCACA